AGUCACAACAGGAUCAGUCAACGAACGCCUGUUGUUUAGGUUGUAGGGUUUGUUGAAAGUUUAAAUUUUACGAUAAAAUUCUAAGAUAAGAAUCGUUAAAUAAAAUAACAAACGAGUAACGUAGUUUAAAUUAUUGAUUGAUAUAUUCGAUGAGACUUAAAUAAGCAUUAUAGUGCGAGCCUUUAAAAAAGUAAUAUACAGAGAAGAGCGCCAUGUGCUUGUGAAGCAGAAUCGUAUAUUUACAAGUCUGUCAAUUUAUAUAACUGCAAGAUGGAUUCAGAGCCGAAAGAGAAUUCUGAUUUGCUCAAAGCAAGGAAUAAAGUUGAGACCAAUGGUAAUUUAAAAAAUGAAGACCUCAAAGGUCCUCCGGAUGGCGGUGUACGAGCAUACUCGGUCAUGGUUGCAUCGUUCCUUACAAAUGGUCUUUUUUUCGGCGUAAUUAAUUCAUACAGUGUGAUAUACACGGUCCUUGAAAGACAUUUGAAAGAUGAAGGAAUCUCUAAUUCAGAAAGUCGCGCUGCUCUGGUGGGCGCUCUUACCAUGGGGACUACGUUUUUCCUUUCGCCCCUGUCCGGCGUAUUGACUGGCGUGUUAGGUAUCCGUUUAACCGCAGUGUUGGGUGGCACGAUUGCAACAGCUGCAUUACUUUUGUCUUCCUUUUUCGUAUACAAUGUAGGAGUCCUCUAUUUCACCUACGGUAUAAUGUAUGGAUUAGGCGCAUCCUUUGCCUACACUCCCUCUUUGGCUAUCCUUGGUCAUUAUUUCAAAAAGCAUUUAGGUUUAGUAAAUGGUGUUGUAACUGUAGGUAGCUCUAUUUUUACUGUGAUAAUGCCACCCCUUAUGGAACAUAUGAUACAGCACCAUGGAUUAGAUUGGUUGCUUAGGCUUCUUGCUGUCUUUACAUUGGGCACAGCGGUAUGUGGUUUUAUUUUCAAACCAGCUCCAUCAAUGGUUACCAAAGCGUCAAGGGAAGACGACAGCUGGAAAUCUUUAUUAAAAUCGAUUGUUAACAUUCAAAUCUGGAAGAAUAAGAAGUAUAGAUUUUGGGCUUUAUCCAUGCCUGUCGCACUAUUUGGGUAUUUUGUUCCAUACGUGCAUAUCAAAAAGUUUAUCGAGAACAACUUCGUUGAUGUCAGUACCAAUCUACCCUUGCAAUGUAUUGCUGUUACAUCUGGUCUGGGACGAUUAAUAUUUGGCUUUUUAGCCGACAAACCUGGUGUUGACAGAAUCUUGUUACAGCAAAUUUCAUUCUACGUCAUUGGGGUGCUGACGAUUAUUUUGCCAUUUGUUAACAAGUUCGGCGUAUUGGUAGCGAUUGCUUUAGGCAUGGGAAUAUUUGAUGGCGCAUUUAUUGCGUUAAUCGGACCCAUAGCAUUCGAGUUGUGCGGUGGUGCUUACGCGGCGCAAGCAAUAGGUUGCAUGUUAGGACUUGCUGCUGCUCCAUUAUCAGUCGGACCGCCCAUAGCUGGCUAUCUGUACAGUAUCAAUAAAUCCUACACUUUACCAUUCGUCCUCGCUGGCAUAUCGCCUCUGGUCGGCGCAACUUUAAUGUUUGCUAUUCGUUUGCAACGAGUUCCUUCAAACGAAGAAUCAAUUAAUACAAAUGGUAUCGCUGUUCGUCCAGUUUCUGUACAUAUAGAAAAAUCACCAAGCCUAUUACUUAGUAAUGGAGAUGCAAACCAACAGACGAAUUUAUAACGAAGUUUGAUGUGAUUUGUUCAGGAAGCUGUGCUUAAAAGCAUUAUCCACUUGCGAAAAAUAAGGACUCCAGUUUAUGAAAACUGCUCGUACACUUUCCAGUCGUAACCGCAACCUUUUAAAAGGGUAGUUGUUAUGUGCACCAGUCUAUGUAAGUAGUGGAAUCUAUUUGGUAUAUAAUAUCGAGUAGAUGUUCUUGUUUCAUAGUAUAAAGUCAAUUUCUUACGGAAUUGACCAUCGUCAUAUUUUCGUCAAUUGUUUACACCAAAGUGAAAAUUGCCUUAUUGGCCCUUAAGUUAUAAUGUAGUGUUAGAGAACGCGCACAAUACGCAUUUCCAGACAUUUACAUGUUAAUAGAUACGAAGCUGAAAUAAAUGAAAUAGACUUUAAAUUAUUCUCAUAAGUUAUUGUUAAUAAAGUAUGUAUGCUUGAUUAGUUAUAAGAUUAGCGUUGAAAAGUUAUGUAAAGGCAUUUAAAACUAAAUCAAUCGCAUAAUAAUUGUAUGCUAUGUACGUUUUGCACUUACAUGGUUACCGUUGGAAGUUCCUAGUUUAGUUUUAAAAUGUUUAAAUGAUUACCUUAAUGUUUUGUUCUAAUUUAGUGGUAGUUAGUUAAAAUUUCUGAAUUCGUCAGUGAUAUUUUCGAUUUACCUACCUAUAUACAUUUAAAAUUCGUCAUUUUACGAAAUGGCGAAUAACUAACUUACAUUGUUUAUCGUUUAAUUUGUAAAGUGACUUUGAAUCUAUAGCUUGCACCCAAACGUAAUGAGUUAGUAAUUACUGAGCACAUUACUUGACUAAUAGUGUCGCAAUUGUGAAAAUUUGUAACAAAUUGGAAAUGCUUACAUUUUUAGUAAGAGAACAUGUAAAACGCUGUUUUUUGGAAGUAGCCUUAUUAAAGGUUGAUGAUGAUAAUUGGAAGCGAAAUAUUUGAGCAUUGAGCAUACGAUAUUACGGUAAAUGAUUUUGAAACAUAAAAAAGUAUAAAAUCAUUGACUUCAU